AUGUCAGAUUGCGGGUACACAUCAGAAACUGACGAUGCUUCAGAAACUGAAUAUUUUGAAGAUUUGCAAAGGUCGAAAAACGGUCAUGAUGAGGAAACGGCUGAACGGUCAAAGUUUCUCGAUAGUAUUUACCAAGAAAAAUUAGCUGAUCUUCAAGAUCAACUGAGACAAUUAGAUGAAGGAGUGCACCCAGUUUACGUUGAAAGACUUAAAAAAUGUGAACAGGAAGCUCAAGAUCGAUUGCUUGCAAAUGAAUCUUAUUUGUCUUACGAGCGCGAGAAGAUAGAGAGGGAAUAUACCCUUGAUAAACAGGCAGCGAGACAGGAGUUUGAAAAACGCAAAAAGCAACUUAAGGAAAGUUUGAUUGCUGAUCUGCUCGAGGAAAGGAAACGUAUUGAAGCUGAAAGAGCCAACAUGAAAUUGUGCCCUGAUUCUCCAGAACCUGUAGCAAAAACUACUAGAAAAUUAAGAAGAAGGCAAAAUGAUCCUACACCUGCACAACGUAAACGAGCCGUAUCGAAUCAGCUAAAUUACCAAUUGGAUGAAAAAGAAAUCAAUGAAGAUUUAAAAGCUUUAAAACUAAAAUCUAAAUAG